AUGGAGCCUCCUCCAACGAAACUGACACCAGGCAAGGGUGUUCAGUCGAAACCAAACAAGGGGCCUCCAUCACCGACAUUGGCCAAUGUUGCGCGCCACUUUGCUGUGGACAGCGGCUCAACGUUGCUUGCCACGGCGGUCAUCACCGUCUUGAUAUUCGGCGGAUGCUGCUCCAAUGUGUAUGCUUUAGAGGCAAUCAUCAACUUCGAGCCGACAAACGGAACCCUCGUAACUUUCGUUCAAUUCCUAUUCGUCUCUAUAACGGGCUACGUAGCACAAUUCGAUAGAUCGCGCCCGCCGUUCUUCUUGACUCCCAACGUCGUCCCGCUUAGCCGCUGGCUUGUCAAUAUCCUUUUGUUCUUUACUAUCAACGUGUUGAACAAUCAUGCCUUCAGCUAUGACAUAUCCGUACCGGUUCACAUCAUUCUACGAUCCGGAGGUAGCAUAUGCACCAUGGCUGCCGGAUAUCUCUACGGCAAGACGUAUUCACGCCCCCAAAUAUUUGCAGUGUUUCUGCUGAGUAUUGGCGUCAGCCUCGCUGCUUGGUCGGAUUCAAAAGACAAGAAACCGAGUGACGAUAUUUCUGAUCCUGUGUUCAACCCUGGUCUCUUGAUCAUCUUUGUCGCCCAAGUACUUUCAGCUAUCAUGGGGCUGUAUACCGAAGCAACGUAUCGAAAGUACGGACCGCAGUGGAAAGAGAAUCUUUUCUAUUCUCACAUCUUGUCGCUGCCGUUGUUUUUGCCCUUUGCGCCCUCCAUGUGGCGCAACUUAAUCGUGCUAACCAAGAGCACGCCUGUUGCACUAAACAUACCAUUUGCUGCAUCACUGCCGCCGGUCCAAGUUCCAUCCCAAUUGGCCUAUCUUUCGGCCAACGUGUUGACCCAGUAUGCCUGUAUUCGUGGCGUGAACCUCCUUGCCGCAAACGCAUCGGCACUCACCGUCACGAUAAUUCUCAGCAUUCGAAAACUCAUGAGCCUCUUGCUAAGCAUCUGGCUAUUUGGCAACACUCUCAAGGCUGGCACCCUCCUAAGCGCGGUAGUAGUGUUUGGAGCCGCCGGCCUCUACAGCGUUGCCCCGAAACCUGCCCCGGCCACGACCAAGGAAAAGAAGAAGGAGUGA